UUUUGAUUGUACUGUAUAUACAAUACAAGCAUGUGCAUCAACAAGCAGUAGUUACAAUCAAUGUACAGUCAACAUAUCGGGAACAAAAUGGCAGAUUAUGGUGACAUUCAUGAAGACAGUGACUAUGAAUGGAAGCCACCCUCUGAAGCUGAGAUGAAGAUCAUUCGAGCUCGCCGUGAGCGAGACAACAAGAUCAGUCAGCGUAUGGGGGACUAUCUCCUGAAGGGCUACAAGAUGCUCGGAACUGUGUGUUCCUGUGGAACGAUCCUCCUGCAGGACAAGCAGGGCAACUACUACUGCAUCGCCUGCAGCGAGCUUGACUCAGACGCUGAUAAAGACAACCCAGUGAGGAACGAGACUGCAGCUCUAGCACAAGUUCGAGAACAACAACAUUCAUCUGUGAGAAUUGUGGGGGAGGAGUCUGCAGAACAACCAGCUGCUCCAUCUGAUGCCACACCGAAUCCUCAACCCACGGGUACCACCCGCUCUCAAGGCACUGUCACAUCCACAGUUCCCAGUGCUCUCAGAUUAACAGGGGGUAUGCAAGCAGUUGUCUCCCCUGUCAUAUCAGAUUCUGUCGACAGUGUGCACAGAAAGCUGACUUGGGCAUCUGAGGAGCUACUUAAGACUCACAGUGUUGAGUAUAGCAUACAGUUAUGCCAACUCAUCAAACACUGUGCUGAUGCAAUCCAGAGCUUGAAGAGUGUGGGGACUUGAGAACAACAUGUCAGUAAUCAUAUCUUUUCCAUUCAUGUUGUAUUCAUCCACCUGGAGGAACGGUAGGGUAGCCUAGUGGUUAAAGCGUUUCCUCGUCACGCCGAAGACCCGGGUUUGAGUCCUCACAUGGGUACAAUGUGUGAAACCCAUUUCUCAUGACCCCCGCCUUACAUUGCUGGAAUAUUGCUAAAAGCAGCCUAAAACUGAACUAACUCACUCACUCAUCCAGCUGGAAAAUAGAACUUUGGUGUUUGUAUUUGUACGUAUAUUAUCAUAACACAUACAAUGCCUGGUUUCUAGUGUAAACUGAUCAUUAAAAACAUGACUGAGAAAAA